AUGCUCGUGUAUAGUCUUCCACCGAAGAUCCUUUGCCGCGUGGCUAAUGUUCUGUUAAAGGCUGAACCGGAUACAGAUGAGGUGUUCGCACAAGUAACCUUGAUGCCUGAAUCUAAUCAAGACGAAAACACAGUGAAGAAAGAACCAUUGCCACCGCCCCCACCAUGUUGUCGUGUGCAUUCUUUUUGUAAGACAUUGACUGCCUCAGACACUAGCUCACAUGGACAUGUCAUGACAACCUCCAACCCAAGAGUUGGUGGCAAAAGAUAUGCAUGGCAACGAGUGGCUAUUCAGACAUAUCUUUCGUGGUCAACCACGAAGGCACCUCCUUCAGAGUGGUUGGAACGUCUUUCCCACAAUUGUUUACCCUCUCUCUCACGGCUGGGACCCACUUGUCUCCUCCAACGGAGUGAGAAUGGGGAGCUUCGUGUUGGUGUUAGACGUGCCCUGAGACAAGAAGGACACUUUCCAUCAUCAGUCAUAUCUAGUCACAGUAUGAAUCUUGGUGUGCUGGCAACAGCUUGGGCUCCUAUGGGUGAUGCAAACAAAUUCACCCUCCAUAACUUAUAG